GCCAGGAGGACGGUGGUUUCCAGUCAAAAGGCAGUUACGGGACAGGGUGGGGAGAGGGCGACGCCUGGCUAGACGGACCGGGACGGGAGCGGGAACGAAGAGUGUGUCUACCUUGGAUAACACUAGCUUAAUCUCAUAGCUGACAAGGCUGACCACAUCUCUUCUUUGAAAUACUUCAAGAGAACAUUGCUACAGGACCUAGAAGUGUGUGCAUCUUUAAGAAAAUGAAAGGGUUGGUCAUCUGUUGGGGAAGAAAAGUGGCGUGUUUAAACGGUGCUGCUGCCUAUCAAUUGCCCACUUUAUCGCAAGGUGGCACAAUGUCGCAGCUCCAGAGCCCAUGGGAGUUAUACCAGCAGAGUAUGCCACAUGACCUGGAUGUUGAAAUGGAGCCCAUGGCACCUUGCCCAUCCUUUCCUGAUCCAAGCAACGAUUUUGAUAGGAACAUUCCCCGUAUCUGUGGUGUUUGUGGAGACAAAGCUACUGGCUUUCAUUUUAAUGCUAUGACCUGUGAAGGCUGCAAAGGAUUUUUUAGGAGGAGCAUGAAAAGGAAAGCAAUGUUCACAUGUCCAUUCAAUGGCGACUGUAAAAUUACCAAAGAUAACCGGCGACACUGCCAGGCCUGCCGGCUGAAGCGUUGUGUUGACAUAGGCAUGAUGAAAGAGUUUAUUCUGACGGAUGAAGAGGUUCAGAGAAAGAGAGAGAUGAUAAUGAAGAGAAAAGAAGAGGAAGCUCUUAAAGAGAGAUUGAAGCCCAAGUUGUUAGAGGAGCAACAACAAGUCAUUGAGAUUCUCCUUGAGGCCCACCGCAAAACUUACGAUCCCACUUAUUCUGAUUUCAAUCAGUUCCGGCCUCCUGUGAGAGAUGGUUCAGACAGAAGAAGUACAAGUAGAUCUUCCUCCCUUAUACAGGGUUUCACCUCCUCAGAAGACUCUUCAGACACUUUCAGUUCCUCUCCAGAGCCCAGGAUGUUUUCAAAUCUGGAUCAGAGCGAAGACAGUGAUGAAAGCGCAGCCAUGUCCAUAGACUUCUCCCACCUCUCCAUGCUGCCCCACCUAGCUGACCUUGUGAGCUACAGCAUCCAGAAAGUGAUUGGAUUUGCAAAAAUGAUUCCAGGGUUCAAAGAUCUAACAGCAGAGGAUCAGAUUGCUUUGUUGAAAUCCAGUGCCAUUGAAGUCAUCAUGCUCCGUUCAAAUCAGUCAUUUUCACUGGAGGAUAUGUCCUGGACCUGCGGCAGCAAUGACUUCAAAUACCAAAUCAGUGAUGUCACGCAAGCUGGCCAUAGUCUGGAAUUGCUUGAACCUCUUGUUAAAUUUCAAAUUAGCCUGAAGAAACUGGACCUGCAUGAAGAAGAGCAUGUGCUCCUGAUGGCCAUCUGCAUCCUUUCUCCUGAUCGCCCUGGCGUGCAGGACACUGCUCUUGUGGAGUCUAUCCAGGAUCGCCUUUCCGAAAUCCUGCAGACAUACAUCCUCUGCCGACACCCACCUCCGGGCAACCGCCUGCUCUACCCCAAGAUGAUCCAGAAACUUGCAGACCUGAGGAGCUUGAAUGAGGAGCAUUCCAAGCAAUAUCGCUGCCUCUCCUUCCUGCCUGAGCACAGCAUGCAACUCACUCCACUUGUCCUUGAGGUUUUUGGCAAUGAGAUCUCCUGACUUGGUGAUUAGGGACAAAACCCAUUGAAGUAGAGGAAGGAGUCCGCCCAGCUUCCCACAGGUGGCAAGCCAAAAGCUUUGACCCUCGUGAAGUUCUGUACACUCUGUAAGCAAGAGAGAAUUGAUUUUUUCCCCACACUACCAGAGGGACUGCAUUGUUUGUACAUCUUCAGUCUCCUACUUUGCAUUGCUGCUGAGCAGCAACCUACAAGCUAGUCGCCCUGCCCAACCUUCUCUGCCAGUUGACAAGGAAUCGCAAUCUCGUUUGCUGCUUUGCUACAAUGAAACUUCUUGUUGUUUUUCAUCAAUGUUGAGCUUUUCAAACCUGCAGCUGAAAAUUUUGUACAGUGUGUGGAGGAAGGUAAUGGCUGAGUAAGAGCUUCCACACGGAAGUGAUGGAGUCAAAGGAAUAAUUGCGAGAGAGCAUGGACAUAGGGCGCUCUUGCCUUAGCAUAUUAAUAGCUUUCAAUCUAGAAUUACUGGAACAUACAGAGAUGGCCAUGUGUUCUUUUCUGUGUAAUAUGUGCACUUUCCCCACAAUUUUCUGCUAAACACCAAAGCGCUCAGCCCUAUAAAAAUAUGUAUUAGCCUAAGAAUGAAUGGGAAAAUGAUAUGUACUCAAAUAAUUCACCUGGGUCAUCUUAAAAAGGGGAGGGGGAGGGGAUGCAAUUUCUCCAGUGUGCACAAACCUGCCAGCCCAUUGUUGGCACUAAAUGAAUCCAUACUAGUAGGAAAUUUGAACCAAUUCUACACACCUUGGUAGAGAGGUUAGUUGAGGUCUUGGAGGAAACCUUAAUGCUCAGGCCCCUACCAGAAUCUCAGUGCUGUCCUCUUCUGAAACAAUGCAGAGAAAUAAUCCCAAUAAAACCCAUGCCCUUCUUGCAACUGUUGUCUUUGCAUAGUUUCAAACACUACUAACUGCCAAGGGGAGUUAAAUAAAUCAGUGGUCUACAGAGAGCGGUCUUCUAAUCGGCCCAAAAGAUUGGGGUUUGUUUAGGACAAUUAUAUAGAGUGACAUGGAGAAGACCCCUUGGGAUCAGGCCGAACCAUGUGCAGAGUGACUUCUAAAUGCAGUACCUAUGACUAUGACUUCUAAAUGUUGGAGCAGCCACAGGAACUGACAUAUGGAAGCAAUUUUCCAGCUCCCUCCAUGUGAGGGGCUAGGACAUCACACUCAGGGAGGCAAAAACCAAUUUAUUUUUGCCACUCAACAAGAUGCACACUGCGAGUUUGAGAAUUUCUGAGCUGUGUGGGCUCUAAAAGAAUCAAACACCUGUGAGUCUGAGUUAGUUUCUACUGACAAGGAAUUUCUCAUUAAUAUUAGUUAAAAGAAUGUAUUUGCAAGGAAUCAGUUCCACUCUAACUAGAUGUUACCAUGUUGAUCCCAGACAAUUCAAAAUAAGAUUAAUAUAUUUUAUUGGACCUAUUGUUUUGUUUGAAAGAACAGGCAAGCUUUUGGGUGAUGCAAGGUUCUUAAUCAUGCAAAAAGAAAGGUCAGUUAAUUGUGCUGUACAGAGAGCACAGCUGGUAACACUAGUGUUCUCCCCUAGUCACUUCAGAUUGAUAGUGGCCUUCAUAGAAAGUGGUCUUCACUUCAGAUACAUGCUGUGAAUUCACUGCAAUAGCCGCAACACAUUUACUCUUUACAGUUACAAACGAUCACGAAAAAUGUCUGGCAAGGUGACACAAAUUGAAUGCAGUGGAUACAAGGCAACAUUGAGCUUGUUAGCCUAACACAUUUCUGGAAUGUGAUGAUAAGAAUUUACAUAUGAGUAAAGAUCGAGCAAGAUGGAGGUGAGGGUUUCCUUUUUGGAUUCAAAUAUCCCUAUUUUGCUCACUAGGUGUCAGUAGGGCUGCACAGCAUAAAGCAGUUCUUGCAUACAGUCAAACAAGAACCAACAACCUGUAGUUUGCUCCAGAGCCACAAAUCUUCCCCAGAGCUAAGAGUAGAUUAUUUUAAUUUUAAAUUAGUCUAAAUUACUAGGAUUGGGAGGAUUCAUCAAAGCCUUAACUUCCUUCUUUUUACUUAUUUGAGAAUUGGCACACGGGCAGGCCACCCACAUGGAGUAAGUCGCUGCAGUGAGUGCAGGCUCCUCCCUCCUGCUCUGAAGUGUGACCAUUCUGUUUGCCAUGGACACAAUGCCUUAAGACCAAACCUGUGCAGUCUAAUGGCGGGCGGCGGGGGGAGCAGCCGUUUGCUCCAGGUCUCCUUAUACACAUUGCAACUGUGAUCUUCAGGUCUCUUGAAAACUCUGCCAAUGAAGUUGCAGGAAGGUUCUUUAUUCAACAACUACAGCAAGACCUCUCUAACGUAUAAGCAGCUUUAUUUAGGAUGCUAAAGCAACACCAACCCCCCCCCCCCAAGUACUGGGUUAUCUAUGCUUAAGGCCAUUUGAUAUAGCAGAUGAGCUUACAGUGUGUCCACCUCAUGCUUAAGCCAUUUACUUAACGUUUCAAAGGGAGAUGCUUACCUGGCUAUGCCCAAAGGAUCUCCGGCAAUCACAGCUCCCUGGCAUGCAUCUCUAGAGUUGAAAGAUGUCCAAUUCCUCUUUGAACAUUAGCAUUCCCUGCAGGACAGACAGAGGACAUGCUGGAAACCUGUCUGCUACAUGAAAUAUGAAGCAGCGUUGGUGCAUGCCGUGCUAACCCUCAGUGUGGUUUUGUGUAGCUUUGCUGUUAGCUUUGCUUGUAAGGUGGGAAUUAACAGUCCCUUGUCAUUCUUUUCUUUGCCUGAUAGGAAAAGAUAUAAUGGCCAUAAGAACUGCAGUCAAGGUGGAAGUGAAAUUCAGGUGCCAGGUGUCCCAUCUCAGGAAUAAUCGCCGAGCCUAAAAUGAUGCAUGGUUGUGGCCUAGUUGCUCAAUCAAUAGCUACAUGUGUUUUGUCAAGGAGGAGUGGAAUCAGCUCUGCUCCACAGAGUGCUUGCUUGUACAUAGUAAUAUUUUUAAAGAAUGCUCUUUGCAGGCAGGUACCGGUAGCUGCUACCUGGAUUAGCUGGGCCUGGGUUAUUUAAAAAUGCUUUUCAUGUGAAAAAAAUACCCAUUUCUUUCUUUUGUGAAGGCUCACCAAAAAAAAAUUCCCUCUACUACUUCUUUUUAAAAAACAAAUAAUAAAUUUUGUUUUGACCUUUGGUUAUCUGCCCUGAGCUCCAGUGAUACUGCUGACUAUACAGGUGAAACUCGGAAAAUUAGAAUAUCGUGCAAAACUCCAUUAAUUUCAGUAAUGCAAAUUAA